GUUAAAUUCGUCGUCGUCGUCAUCAUCAGAAUAACAUCUUCAUCUUAUUCCAAUCUCAAAUCUCACUUCCAAUUCCAAUCAAUCAUUAUUUUAAUUUAACUAAUACUAUUUCAUUUGAGACAUAUAAUUAGAUUUAGAUAAAAAAUCAGACACACACUGACUGAUCAAAACUAAGAAGAAAAAUGUUGACAUCAGCAAAUACAGUUACAAAUGUAUUUGUGUACGGAAGUUUAUUAGCAGACGACGUCGUUCGGGUCCUUCUUAACCGCAUACCUCAAAAUUCACCUGCCACUCUUCACGGCUUUCAUAGAUUUAGCGUCAAAGGGCGUGUGUAUCCUGCGAUUCUACCUGUAGAAAACAAAAAUGUUACAGGAAGGGUCUUACAAGGGAUUACAGCCCCAGAAUUAGAUAUACUAGAUAAAUUCGAGGAUUUUGAGUAUGAAAAAAGGCUUGUUGAUGUCUCUUUGCUGGAUAGCUCUGAUACAUUACAGGCUUACACCUACGUUUGGGUCGACAAGGACGACCCUGAUCUCUAUGGAGAAUGGGAUUUUGAGGUGUGGAAGGAGUCAAAGAUGAAAGAUUUUGUGAAUAUGACCAUAGGGUUUGUGGAAGAGCAGGAGCUACCUGAAUCCAAGCCAAGAGUUGCAACCUAUGAGUCCUACUAUAAGCCGAAUGAUGGCAACAAUCUUUCGACAUAAAUGUUGCCAGAUCUAAAUCUUGAUGAUAUCCAUCAAUUCUCUCCAGCCAGCAAAACCCAAUCAUCAGAUGUUUCAGCUAUGAAAGAUCAUGCUUUGUAUAGUCAUGAAAAUAAUUCAUGCAGUAUCUGCCAUAUGCCAUUUAUUUCAUUUUCAAAAAAACCUGGCUUCAACUCAGAUUGCAAUUAGGUCUACUUUUGAUCA